UUACGUCAUUCUAUUGCUUUUGUAAGAAAUAGAUUUCUUACGGUAUUUUUAUAUCUGAAAAAAAGGUUGAAUUUUGUUUAAAGGAUGACUCGUGAAGAUCAUCCGAAAUAUUCGAUAGAUGCUAUGGAUGUUGAUGAUCAGGAUGAGUCAGUGAAAAAGCUUCAAACGGAGUUGGAAGUAGGAGAUACUGAUAAGAGCCCUACGGUUGAAAAGACAAAGAAAGUUACAAAGCGUGGCCGUCGUCCAUCUCAAAUUGAUCAGAAGCUGAAAUUGGAACGGAGCCGACAAAGUGCAAGGGAGUGCAGAGCUAGGAAGAAACAGCGUUAUCAGUACCUUGAUGAUAUGGUAGCCAACAAGGAACGUGCAAUCUAUACCUUAAGAGAAGAACUUGAAUUAUACAAGAAAUGGUGUCUUUCAAUUGACCGUGGUGUUAUCCCUGCUGAGUUGGAGAAGUCUUUACAGUCGACCUCAAGUCAAAAAGAUGAAUGAUUUUCAACCAUUGCUUCUGGAACUUGUUGCCCUUUUUGAAAUAGCACUGUUAAACAAUCUUCAACUGGCGUCAGUGGCCUUUUCAGGAUUUGAGAAAAGCAGUUGUACUAAUAAUGACACAUCCUUUCUACUCACUGGAAAGAAGAUGUUAUAAAGUGGCUUGGCUGGGUAGCAAAGCUGAUAAAUA